UAAACAAAAUUAUCGCACAUUUUCUACUGACAAAUUAUUAUUUUGCAACUUUAUUAGUUUACUUAUAAAGAUUCAAUAUGAAUUUUCGGUUUUUUAUGAAGAAUAUUUCAUGAUGUGAUACUCUGAAAUAGUAUUUUAACGAAAAUGACAGUCCAAGUAAUUUCUUUGAUUCGUUGAAUUUUAAUUUCAGUAGAGGAGCUAUCUUCGCAGACAUCAACAAUUUCGUAACUUGUAGGUUCAGCUUGUUUUUGUUUCUUUGUUCAAAUAAUCUCGACUUUAUAUGCAAAACAAAAUAAUUAUUUUUAAGUACAUAUUUAUUGUAGUUAUUAAUUCUAUUGAGAUUUGAAGAUAUGUUGCGUUUCGUCAAUAGUAUUGUCGAUUGGAUUUCUGGGAAUCCGGACAUACCAGAACUCCCUCUAAAUAUUAUUUUUGAAAAAAACGUAACGUCGGACAAUGACUUUUGGGUAAAAUUUGACAAUUAGAUACUUAGCACAAUUAAUUGGUCAUUAAUUUAGUUAUAAUCAAUUUAUUUAGAUUUCAUGCAUCUUGGACCCUACAUUGGAGAUUAAAUAUCUAAACGGUGUUGUUACUAAAAUGUUGGAUACGGACAUAUGUUUAAUAAAUAACCAGUAUUAUUAUAAACCAAAAACAGAUAAAGAAUUUCGCAACUUUGCUCUUUUCGAGUUAAAUUCCCCUGUUAGAAUGUCUCUCUACAGAAAAAAGAAUUCAAAUGACGAAUGGCUUGUUGCUAGUUGCUUUUUAUCUAAAGAGGAAUUCCAGCAAAUAACAGCACAGUAAUUCCAUGUAUAAUAUCAGUAAAGUUUCUAUUGUUAUAAAUUUAUUAAUUCUUGUAGAAUUGAACCACCUGAAAUUGUUCAGUUACGGCUCAGUGACGAUGAUACGAGUAAUGCCCAGAUUAAACAAAUUGAUGGAGUCAGCAAUAAUGACGAAAAUGAUGUUAUGAGUGUUCAAGUGUUGGGUGAAAUGCCUAAAGUUAUUGGUUUUGAGCAGAAAUCAACAAUACAAGUAUUUUUUUUAUUUUCUAUUAUUUGUUAUUCACGGAGAAACAAAUUACAAUUUUUACCCUGAGUCCAUAUUGGCGCCAACCAAUUUGUGAAUCGACAAUAAAUCUUCAAAACUUAUUCGUCACUUGUCGGAUUUUUAAUGCAGGUUAUUAUUAUUGUAUGUAGAUGGAUAAAUCGUUAGCACAUUAUUAAGUGAAUUUUAUUCAUAUUUAUGACAUCUAUUAAUAAUAAUCUAUGGUUUAAAGUGUAAGCUAUAACAUUAGAAAUUGAAUGUUGACUCUUGUUGGCUCCAUUGUGUGGGUGCUAUCUUAUAAACAUGAGUUAAUGUGUAGACUAGAAUUAACAAUAGUGUAUACAAAUUUAACAUGUCUAGUAAUUAAAAAUAACAAUAGUGGAUCACAAAUAACUGGUUCCUUUAAAUACUAGACAUUCUAAAAUAAUGUAAAUAAUUAGUUUAAUUUAUUAUGAAAAUAUUCAUAAAUUAAUGUAUUGUUAAUACUUAAUAUGACUAACCAAACAAAAGAAUAAAUCCAAAUGAAUACAUUGAUAAUGCCGCGGUGUGUCGUAAAUAUUUGCCAUUUCACCUGUAAUUUUGUUUUCUGGUUUUACCAAUUAUUUUGAAAACCCUUUGGUAAAUUAAAAUAUGGCCUCUCUAAUGCACCAAUUAGAUAAAAUUUCUUUUCACAUAAUGUUCUAUACUUUACACAUCUGAGCAAGUUUUCUUUUCGAAAAGUUGUUUACAGACAGAAAAAAAACAUAGUAAAACCAAUAUAAAUCCUUAACUCUACUCUGAAUCUAAAAUUAAGAGUAUAAAAUUUGCAAAUAUUAGUUUAAAGUUAGUGAAUGUUUAUAUUACUAUAAAAUUCUAGAUAUUAUUCAGAAAUAACAGCUAUAUCAAGGAGCAAAAUUUACUCGAUUAUCGCACCAUGCAAGGAAAUAAAGUGCUAUUGUCAAUCACUGAAAAACAAAAAUUACCUUUAACAAUUGGAGUGCUGUCACAAUGUACUUUUGACAUUACUAUUACCGGGAAGUGAGUAUUGUUGAAAACACAUUGUAUUUUUAUCUUUAUAUGAUGUAAAACUGAAUAUUGUUAACUAAAUGAUACAUAAUAAAUUAAUAUUAUCACAAUAUUUUAUUUUACUAAUAGAUUCUAUAGUUUUAUUUAUUUCUAUGUAGCUAUUUAGGUAAAUCUGUUGAAAAGGUUGAAUUUAUGUUCCACGAUGUAACUUAUAAAGUAGGUGUAAACAUUGAAGUAAUUGAUUCAAGAAUAAAUGUACCGCAAAAUCGAGGUUAUGUUAAAAAAGAAAUUGAUGUGCAGUAAGUGUUAAUCAUUGAAUAAUUUUAUAAAUGUAUUUAGUCGGUAAAUUGUGCUAUAACUAUUAAAGGAAAUUAUUCGAACUGCAGAAUGAGAAUUUAAUUCCUGGUGUAUUUAUUGGGAAAAGAAUACAAUUUCCAUAUAUGAAGAUAGGACAAUGGAGCAUUCCAGCACAAUUAACAAAAUGUUAUUCGAAAGGAGAUAACCAAUUUAAGUAAUAAAAGAUUUUAUUAUAUUAUUUAUAAAUUUUUUCACUUUACAUAAAUUAACAUAAUUAAAUUACUUAUUUAUUUUAUUCAUUUUUAAAUUUUUAUUUUGACUUAAAAUUAAGAAGUAUCAAAAUAUUAACUAUAAUAUUUUUAAAGUGUUUAUUCAGUUUGUUUAAUCCAAAAUAUUUUUUUCUUCUGUUAUUAUAAAAUGUAUUAUUUGUUAGAAUACCCAUAAAUAAAUUAUGAUAAAAUGAUUAAACAGAAUAUUGUAACUGAAUAUAUAAAACAUUAUUUAUGAAUCUGUGCAUUGUCCAUUACAAUGUUAUUUUGUGUGGGAGUGUGGACUAAAACAAUCUAGACAAUUUGUAUAUAAUAGAUAUGAAAAUUUUAAUAAGAUUUAACAUUAUCAACAAUUUUAUUUAUUUCAACAAAUUCUGAAGGAUAUUUUUAUUUUCACGAAUGCAAACAUUAAUAUUUUUUUUUGAGUGUUUCAGAUUUUAGUCAUGUUACAAUAUAAAUUAUUUUGCAUAUUUUCUUUUAUUCAGAAUUGUAAACUCUGAAGUCAAAGAAAAGAUUAGUGCAAUUUAUCCGGCUGCUUUUAAUGUUCUUACUUACCAAAAUUACAAAGCAAAAUUUCACACUCUUUUAUUCAUAGAAGAAAUAGAGGUAAUUAUAAAAUAAUAAAUAAUAUAAUAUUAUUAUUUUAUUUGAUAAUAAAUAAUUAUAAAAUAAUUGUUAUAUUAAAUGAUUAAUUAUUAUUUUUUCCUGUCAUUAUUUAUUUGUCUUUGAUACAUAAUAUAUAUGAGAGGUCUAGUUUCAAAGUGUGCAUUGUCUAUAUUCAAUACAUUUUUAGAAAACAACAAACGAAUAAUUUAAUCAAAUAAGGUUUUUUCUUCAUACCGAUUUUUUAAACCUACUCAUAUAGUUAUGCAAAGAUGGCCAGUUUUUUGUUUAAAAGAAUAAGAUUUUGUUUGGAGAUGGUACAGUAAUAGAUUAAUAAUUGGAGAUUGCUCACUUUGAAAACAACUGCAAAGCUAUUAGAUGUAUGUAUUUUCUUUUCAUCUAAUUUAAAAGUUUACAAAAAAUUAUUAACAACUUUAAUAAUUAUUGCUUAUAGUUAUUUUAAUUAUAGAAAAGAUUAUAUUUAAAAUCAUUAAAAAUAAAAAAAUAUUUGAAAAAUAAUUAAGAUUAUCAAGUCAAUUUUCAUCCUCCAAAUGGUUUAUAAUGUAAUAUUAUUUCUAUUUUUAUAACAUUAUCGAGGAUUUCUGAGAAUAUUAUCACAAUAAUAUUAAUAAUAAACAGAAUUAUAUUUGUCAAAGAAGAUUGUACACUUUGAAACUAAACCUCUCAUAUAUGUAUAUCUUUAACUACCACUUUACUUAACAAUUUUAAUAAAAACUUUCAACUGAUAUUUAUUUAACAAUAUUUAUAAUAAAUGGGAUUUUAUUUCAUUCUGUACAUAUUAUAUAGCAUUUAUUGUGUAAGAAAUUAAAACUAUUGAUCCUAUAUGAAUGUACUUAUGGUACAAUUACAAUUGUCUUAGAAUAAUAUCUUUUACCAAAUGGUUCUUUUUAAACAUUUUGAUAAGUGUACAAAUAAAAAGUAAUAUUGUUUAGUAAAUAGGUGAAAAAAAAUGUUUUUCUAUACAUGUGUCCCUCUGAAAAAAAAUUGAAUAUUAAAUUAGAUAUAACAGUAAGACACCUUGCAUACUAAAUUUGAUCUCAGCUAAUGAUUAGUUAAAACAUUUUGAUAUUUUAUUUAUAAAGUAUUAACAAUUUAUAAACAGCUUAUAGAUAUUGUUAGAGUAAUUAUUUAGUUUAUCUAGAUUUACAUAAUUAACUGUCAAAUCAAAUGUUAUGAUCAUUGGCUUUAUAUUGAAUUAACGACACUUAUCAUUAAUUCUAGAAUACUCUAGCUCUUCAAAAAUAUGCACAAGACAGAAUACAUUUUGAACCACAUGGUGAAUAUUUGGUUUUAAAAAUUCCUGAUCUCUCUGAGCAACGCCCAUCAUUAGUUCCUGGUGACCGAGCUGCAGUAACGGACGUAUUAAAUUGUACCAAAAGAUUAGGUAAACCUAAACAAAAUUCUAAGUUGUCUUACUAACACAAAUUAUUAACUAAUUUAUAAUAACAUAAUUAGAAUGUAAUAAAUACAUAUUACUAAAUAGUAGAGAUGAGUGAUACUAAUAUUUGACUUUCAAUAGUUUUGUACAAAAAUAAACUUGUCAUUUUAACAUAAUAAAAUAUCAAAAUUGAUACUAACAAUUACCUCUAUCUUUGAUAUUGACCAUUUCUGCUAAACAGUAUAACAGUAUAUAAUUUUAUAAAAUCACUAUAAAUUAUCAGUUUUAUUAGGUGUUUUGAUUUUAACUAGGUGAAAAAACCCGAUAUGAAGGUAUUAUACAUAAAGUUAUGGCUGAUGAAUUAUGGUUGAAGUUUGAUCCAGAAUUUCACAAUAAAUGUGGCCAUUGGGAUUAUUGUGUAAAUUUUUUCACUUCUAGAAUGGUUCAACGUAGAAUGCAUGAAAUUCUUAAUGAAGUGUGGAAAAAUUCUUAUCUGGGUGAAUCAUUUUUGUUUCCUUACAAAAAUGAAUUUGAAUAUAAACCACCGAAAUUAAAAAUAGUGGAAGAUAAUGAGAUAAAUGAAACUAUUUCAAAUACAGACAAUUUGAACACAGAUAAAGUUACUCUGAUAACACCAACAAAAACUAUAAAGCAAAUCAAAUGGGUAAAUAAUAUGUUAAACUUUGAACAAAAAAGUGCGGUCAUUAAUAUUCUGAAAGGAGAAGCAAGACCAAUGCCAUACAUUAUUUAUGGACCACCUGGAACUGGAAAAACAAUUACAUUGACAGAAAGCAUUAUUCAAGUUUUUAAAGAAAUUCCUAGAAGCAAGUGAGAAUUAUUUUAAUAUAGUUUUCAUUUUAAUUUGUGGCAGUCAUAAGCAUUUAAAGGGUUCCAUAGACAAUUAAUAUUAUUAACUGUUUAAAUUGAUUAAUAAUUUUGUCAGUUUUUCCUGUGGGAGGGAUCAAAAUACUCCCAUGGUACCUCUAUCUGUCGAGAGAAUGAGACCAACAGACAAUGUAAAAUUCUAUCAAAUAGUAUUAGUAGUUCUAAACAAAACUUUGGCAGAUUGUUCCAUCUUAGAUGUACACGGGGACAACAGGUGAGAGGAGAUAUCAUGGUACAUGUUUUACAGAUAAUAUAAAAUUGAUAGUAGAACAUCUGGAAUGAGUAAAUAAUAAGCUUGAGAGGGAAUAGAGAGUAGCACUUAAAGGGAAGGGACUAAGGAUUAAUAGAAGUAAAACAAAGUAUGAGUUUGAAGAAACAAGAUAGCUAACGACAAAAAUCAGUUUAGGCCAGACUGAGAAUUUUAAUUUUUUUGUACAAAAAAAAAAAUAAAAAUAAAAAUGGUGGUAUUUUAUGAACAUGUGAAACAUAGGAUUGUUUUUUGUUGGAUAAAGUACAGAGAAGUGUCAGGUGUAUUAUGUUACAAGAUAAUUCUAAUGAGACUUAAAGUUAAGUUUUACAGAAGUGUGGUGAGACUGGUUAUAUUGUAUGAUUUGGAGUGUUGGAAGGUAAAAAUAAAAUGAAUGUACUAGAGAUGCUUAGAUGACAAGAGAAAAUAGUAUGGUAUGCGUACCUAAAAGGUAGAUUAGGUGUAGCUUUGAUAAGAGACAAAAUGAGAGAAAAUAUGCAAGGAGGAGAAGUAUACUUUUGUCAGUUGUUUGUUACUCUGUGAUCAUUUCCAUAGUAUUCAUGACAUGAAUUUCAUAGAAAUGUAUGUAUUUUAACGAAAAUUCCCAUCUAUUACCUCUUACAUUUUCAAUGAAUAUAAUUAUUGAUUGUCUACAGGCCCCUUUAUACUAAUCUAAAUCGUUUGACAAUUAAAUUGGUUAUUUUGUAACUUUUCUUAGACUAUUGAUUUGUGCUCCUACAAAUUCUGCUGUUGAUAUAUUGCUGAAUAAAUUAAUAGAUUCAGGAUUGUUUAACUCCAAUAUCAUGAAACGUUUAAUGGGAUAUAAUUAUUAUAUGAGUUCGUCUUACAAUAUGGAUUAUGACGAAUAUUAUUUUUUACCCGAACUUGAGAAUGUAACUCAUGUUGCUCAAGAACAAGGUAAUAAGACAUUAUUAAUUAAAUAAUUCAUAGUAUACAUACAUUUUUGAAAUUUAAUUGAAUUAAUUUAUUAAGGGUUAUUAAAACAGGAGUAAAAUUUUAAAAUAAAACAAUUAUGAAAAAUUUAGAAUUUACACACUUAAUAACUUGAUGAAUAACAAAUCAAUGCAGUAAGGGUGGUCAUGAAUUAAGCUCGUGUUUAGAUCUCGUAUAGUAGACUUAUUUUUUGUUCCACUAGUUGAUUAUGACUAUAGUUGGAAAUGCCAUCAAUAUAUGUAAAAGAACAACAAAUGUAGGCAAGUUAAUUAAAUCAAAAAAGUUAAGUUUAUUUAAUGAAAUUUUUAGAACUAUUUAAUGCCCACCUUUGGGUAGGCAUAGUGCAUAGGUACACCAUAUAUACCAUUAAUAAGUUUCUGAAGAAACUUUAAAUUAGAAUAAACUCAAUAUUUGUGAGGAUAAAAAAGCCUAAUUCAUGUAUUACAGUGGCAUAGGAAUGCAGUAGGUAGUUAUUAUUGAGGAUGUUAUCUGUAAAUGCAUUUGUACAUGCUCUAGAAUUGAAGAGCUAAAUGCAGUAUAAUGAUACAGUUUCCUAGAUACAGUAUUAUUUUUAUAUUUUUCAGUAUAUUAUGGCUGAUUUUAUCAUAAAUUAUAAUAAGAAUAAGAUUACUGUAUUACACUUAGGACUUGAGCAAGGAUAAUUAGAAUUUUUUUAUUUUCAAGCUUCCUUUAGAAAACCAGUUUACAGUAUAUUUAAAAAAUAGAGAAGAUGUGGUGUUAUUCAGGAGAUUACUACAAAAACUUUAUAGAGAAAGCAUGAUUGUGAUUUAGUGAAAACUGUUGUAGGUGCCAUGGUUGUGAGAUAGAUAUUGAGAAUAUUUUUAUCAUAAAUAAUAAAAUUAUAACAUACAGUAAAAUGAGUUUUAUAAUACAUUGGUGGUUGCAAUUAUUUUCUUUUGUAGCAAUAUAAACACCAGCUAUUAUUGUCUCUAAGAAACUAUACCUUUAGGCUCUCAUUUAUAAUAGAGCCCUUGAUACUUUAAUAGAGAACAAACUAAAGAGUAUUUAUGAACCUUGAACUUUGAUGAAAUGCAUUUUUAGAAUCCUAAUUUUUUGAAAUUUAUAGAUUGAAUAUUAGCGUGUAAAUUUAUACUAUUGGUCAGGAAGACACCUAGGUCUCUUUGCUUGAACCAGAUUUUAGUUCAAGAUAAUAGUAUUGGUGUGUGUAAUGACAGUUUUAUAAGGACAUUAUUAAAAUAUUAACCUGGUAAACACAUUUUACAGGUUCAAAAUUGAUUAGGAAAAGAGAUAUUCUUAAUUUAAAAAUAGUAGUUACCACUGAAGGUACAGCUAGUCUGCUCUAUAUGAUGGGCAUUAAGAAAGGAACCUUUUCUCAUAUAUUUAUUGAUGAAGCUGGACAAUCGUCAGAACCAGAAUUAUUAUUACCUCUGUGUAAGUAUCUAUUAUCUAUUAUAAUUUACAAUUUUAAAUAUUUUUUAUUGGUUUUUAAAUUUUAGCAUUUUUGGAUCCUCGCCAAAAUGGACAAGUUGUAUUAGCUGGAGAUCCCAAGCAAUUAGGUCCGGUUGUGUUGUCAAAAUUAGUAAAUGAAGCUGGUCUAGGGCAAUCCAUGUUGGCUCGUUUAGUUAAUUAUCCAUUAUAUCUGAGAGAUCCUACAGCUUUUGAAGAAUUCAAUGGUUUCAAUCCUAAAGUUAUUACACACUUGAUUCAAAAUUAUAGAUCUCUACCAGAAAUUGUUAAUAAUUUUAGUAAUUUGUUUUAUAAUAAGUUAUUAGUGGCAACAGUAAGUAGUAAAGUAAAAGAAUAUCAGAAGGUUGUGAUAUUUUUGUAACUUUCGCAUUUUGAAUUUUACCCGUAGAAAGUUGAACCAAAUUUGCCAGAAAGAAAAUUAUUAAAUGAUUUAAAUGAAAACUCAUAUUGGGAUAUUGGAUGUAAAGGACCAAUUAUCGUUCACGGUAUUAUUGGGGAAAAUUUACAGGAGCCCAGUAGUCCAUCUUGGUUUAACCCUCACGAAGCCUUCCAAGUUUUAUUGUAUGUUACACGAUUAAUAAAGACAGGGAUAUCAACUGAUGAAAUUGGUAUUAUCACUCCAUAUUCUUCUCAAGUAAGUCAGUCAGGGGAAAAAUAUUAAAAACAUAUUACUGAUAUUUCUUUUUUUAUUUAUUUAGGUUAAUAAAAUCCAUGAGCUACUAAAAAUGUACCAUCCAGAUAUUCAACUACCCAAAGUAGGUACAGUGGAAAUGUUCCAAGGCCAAGAGAGAACCAUUAUCAUUUUAUCCAUGGUCAGAAGCAAAAGUGUUAUUGGACUGAAAAAGGAUAUGCAAUUUAAUAUUGGCUUUCUUAAUAGUAAAUCACGUAUAAAUGUUGCAUUGUCCAGAGCAAAAGCAUUACUUAUCAUCAUUGCGAAUCCGGUUACAAUGAAUAUGAAUCGUGAAUGGAAAUAUGUACUGUCAAAUGCUAUAAAAAAAAAUAAUUAUUUUGGCUGUAAUAUUGUAGAUGAAUCUACAGAAAAAAUAUAUUCUAAUUAAUAAUUAAGUACCUUAAUAAUAUGUACCUAUUAGUAAUUAAGUUUUUGAACUGAAUUAAUGUUAAUCUAUUUUUAAAUAAAGCCUGUAGUUUAUAAAACUUAAAUUACUCAAUAAGCAACAUGAUUAUAAUUUUUUUUCACAACAAAUGUUAUUUUUAAAAUUAUUGUUAAAAACUCUCUAAAACUCUAUUGAUAGCUAUCUUAAGUGUAACAUACAUUUUUAUCUUAAUCUUAUUGUGACUAAAGAGGUGCCACUGGGUCCAGUAAGUUUCAAUCCAUAAGUAAUAUUAAUAUGAGUGAAUGUUUAUAAUAAAUUAAUAUUUACUUAUGAAUCUAUUAUAAUCAUUUGCCCAAGUAAAUGAUAAUAUAUUUUUGAUAAUUUGUAAAACUCAUCAGUUCAAAUAAACUUUGUUUUGUGAAAGUUUCUUUUAGUAUAUAUAGUUAUCUCAGAUUUUCGGUUAACGGUAUGUUAGUGUUUCAAAUACACAAAUAAAAAUAAUAUUUAUAAAUAUGUUUUUAUUAAAUUAUUAACAGAUCAUAAAUAUUAAACAUAUUCAUAAUUAUUAGCAUUUUAAUGGUAUUAACAGAACAUUUUAGUUAUUCAUUUGACCAGUAUAUACAUAUAAGUACAUGAUACAAAAUUUUUUAUAUAUAUAGUAAAAAAAUAUAGGUAUAUUUUUACAAAUCAACUUUUGGCAUUUGUCCACUAUUUACUGGUAUGGCAUUUAACUCUGUUCUCAUACACAGGAAUUCUGCGCAGAUACAUGUGAUUGCUGCACAGACAGCAUUUAGCAGCCACCAAAAUGUAGUGGGCAAUGAUCCGUUAUACCACACACAAGCUACCAAGUGUAUGAUGUGUAUUGUACAUGAAAAAUCCAAACACAAACGGUAUCGUUCGACAAUUUGCCAAAUGAAAGUAGCACUUAAAAGACAAAGUUUUGUAUUAUAUACAGCUAAUGGUAAACAUAGAUAUUAUAUUAUAUUUUGUUUAAUUACCCACUGAGUGCAUUUAAAGCGAAUAUGGCAAUCACAAAUUUUUCAUUGGUCAAAGUACUUAAUUCCUACAACAGGUGUUGAAUGAUUACCUAUAAUAUAUAAAACUCUGGUGUUUGUUUUAUGACGUCAUUACUUUAAAUUGGAAAAUAACGUCCAACGAUCUGGAAGUGCCCACGAUGUAACUCAUAAUAGUGACCCAGACGCACAUUGCAAAAUAGUAAAGACAUUGGACUGACACUAUUUGAGCUAUAAUCAGUGCUGGAUCCCAAACAGUUAUGCGAAAGUGUCCGGUACCGGUAGACAAACGACUGUAUGAUGUUGCUUUACUGAUUUGAUAGGUCGAGUACAUGUAAAAUAAGACAGUAUGCGUUAAAAUUAGCGUAAGACAUGGACGCGAUUAAAAAAACUCACUCGGAACCUAAUCGGUUCAGCAUUGACCACACAGAUAUUGACAUUGUUGGAAAAUGAAAUGUCUUCAUAAAUGCGGAAUAGGCGGACGAGGUACAAUAGUAAAAGGUACGAUAACGGCGAUUGGCACGGGCAGUAAAACCGUUAGGAUUUGAAGAACAUAACAAAAAGUCAAAACUUUAGUGGUUGAAAGUUGAAGAACAGAAAAGACUAUAAAUUAGUUCGUGAGGAUAUUCCAAGUCCGUACUGAAGAUUGUUACAGUUUUAAGUUUGUCUUAUCAUCAAAGGAAGGGAAUACUAGAGUAGGUCAUACAAAUUAUAUAGAAUUUAGGUACAAAAUAAAACUUGUAAAAAGGUUUGCGAUAAAACCACAAAAUAAAUACAAAGAUAGCGCAGAGCAGAAUCGGUAAUAUUAUGGAAGCCUGUCCGCC